AUGUUUAGCACCACGUCGACGUCGAAGGCCCCCGCACCCGCUCCCGUGCUGCCCUGGGUGGAGAAAUAUCGACCCAAGAAUGUGGACGAGAUCUCCCAUCAGAAACACGUCGUGGCCACACUAAAGACAUCUAUCGCUAAUGGGCAGCUGCCCCACUUGCUUUUCUAUGGACCUCCAGGCACUGGAAAGACGUCCACGAUUGUAGCUGUGGGGCGCCAACUCUUUGGCUCGGAUUUUCGCAGGAAUGGUCGCUUCUUAGAGCUGAACGCGUCCGACGACCGGGGCAUUAAAGUGGUGCGGGAAAAGGUCAAAAGCUUCGCUCAAGGAGCCAUUAGUACCGCCAGCGGCCUCCCCCCUUUUAAGAUCAUUGUGCUAGACGAGGCCGACUCGAUGACAGGGGACGCUCAGUCGGCUUUGCGUCGCAUGAUGGAGAAUUACUCAAAGGUCACGCGUUUUUGUCUUAUUUGCAACUACGUGAGUCGUAUCAUCGAGCCCGUGGCCUCGCGAUGUGCCAAGUUCCGCUUUGCUCCGUUAGAGAAAGUCUCGAUGACGACUCGUGUGCGCUAUAUCGCGACAGAAGAACACGUGCGUGUGUCGGAUUCGGUGCUUGAGUCGCUGCUCGAGUGCUCCAACGGUGACUUGCGAAAGGCGAUUAAUUACCUCCAGAGUGCCAAACAGCUCUGCGGGGAUGACGAGUUGUCGGAAGGUGACGUCGUUGCGGUAGCUGGACUUGCUCCGCCUGAGCUGCUGCAGCAGUUUUGGGCUUCUGUUGCUUCAAACAGCUUUGACAAGAUGAAGGCCGACAUUACCAGCAUUUUGCUAGCAGGAUACCCAGUGCUGACAAUUUUGCGGCAGCUGAACGACGACGUACUCGCGCUCGAGAAGAUCAGUGAUGCGCAAAAGGCGACGAUCUGUCUGCGCAUUGCUGAGGCCGACAAAAAGCUUGUGGAUGGCGCUAGUGAGCAUUUCCAGCUGCUAGACGUCGCAUCCCACGCUAUGCGCAUCUACAAUACAUCGUAA